AUGGUCUUUUGGGACUUGGUGACCUACCCAAUCCCUCGUGACGCCAAUCUUGAACCUCUUGGAAGAAACAUCAGAUCAGCUCUAAAACAAAUCGGCACUCAUGGUUGUACGUUUAUACAUGCGUACGGUGAGAACCUGAACCACCUCAAAGAUGACUUGAACAAAGCCAAAAUCGUAUACGAACCAAAAGGGUAUCGUGAAAUGGUUAUGGACGUUCUCGCUUUCGCAAAUUCUUACCAUGGAGAUUUAAUGGUGAUCCCAAAACCAGAUCCAGACAGUGAGUUCCACAGGGUUCUCAAGUGUUUGGAAGCGAGACAUCACAAUAUUUUCCUAGUAAAGCCGCCUGAUGAUGAUGAUGAUGAUGACGGUAUGUGCCUUGAUUCUGUACAGGGCCGGCCCUGA